AAGAUUGAUGUGCCUCUAUUACUAACGUGGCGCGAUUUAAUUGAAUAUAAGACUCCAACAACUUGAUCACAAAACUAACAAGUAACAACCCAACCGACGACGCCUUUGCCUUCAAUCUACGACACACAGCUCUUUUCUCUCUCACAUUCUUCAUUACGAGUGGCGAUUCUCUGAAUAACUCUCUCUCUCUCUCUCCAAUGGCGAGGAUUUUCGCGAAGAGAGAGACAUGUGGACUCUUGAUUGCAAUCGUGUUGAUGACGUUUUGUGCCAGGACAACUGUUUCUGCGAGAUCUGAAAAGGAAAUUAGGGAAAGGUUUUAUGGUAAUCUGCUCAAUUCUUCGGCUCCGGACAACGGCGACGGUAGCAUUGCGCAGAUGUUUGAUCGCGUUCUGGAAAAAGAAUUCUCCGAAAAUGAUCAGCCUGAAGGUUCCGAUGGAAGCAGCUUCAACAACAGCGUAGCUGAUCAACAAGCUGUAUUGGAGACUGUUGCUAAAAUCACCCAUGAGAAGAUUAAGAAGAAUGAAACCAAUGAGGCAAAUGGUACUAGAUCAUUCCAGUUUCAAGAUGUCUUUUCCCUGGAAAAUGAAGGCUCUGAUGAUAUGACUACCUUGAUAGACAAAAAGGAUAACGUGUUUGUAAUGUCAAACAAGAAAUCAAAGUAUCCAAUACUUCAAGUAGAUUUAAGGCUAAUUUCAGACUUGGUGGUUGUUAUAGUUUCUGCUGCCAUUGGUGGAAUCUUCUUUUCCUGUCUGGGACAACCGGUUAUUGUUGGGUAUCUUCUUGCGGGUUCGAUUAUUGGACCUGGAGGUUUGAACUUCAUCAGUGAAAUGGUACAGGUUGAGACUUUUGCUCAGUUUGGUGUUGUUUUCCUGCUAUUUGCUUUAGGACUGGAGUUUUCUUUGACAAAGCUAAAAGUGGUUGGUCCCGUUGCUGUUCUUGGAGGACUGCUACAAAUAGUCAUUCUUAUGUUCUUGUGUGGCAUAACUGCUAUGUUGUGCGGAGCAAAGUUGUCCGAUGGUGUAUUUGUCGGUUGCUUCCUCUCAAUGUCUUCAACAGCAGUGGUGGUGAAGUUUUUGGUUGAGAAGAAUAGUAAUAACAUUCUUCAUGGUCAAGUGACUAUUGGAAUCCUUAUUUUUCAGGAUUGUGCUGUUGGUUUACUGUUUGCUUUGCUCCCAGUUCUGGGUGGUAACAGCGGCAUUUUGCAAGGAAUGGCCUCAAUGGGGAAGCUGCUGCUGGUUUUGUCCUUAUAUCUCACUACUGCAUCUGUUUUGACUUGGUCAUUUGUUCCUCGAUUUUUGAAGUUAAUGACACAUCUAUCAUCUCAAACUAAUGAACUUUACCAGCUGGCUGCAGUGGCUUUUUGCUUAUUAUCUGCUUGGUGCAGCGAUAAGUUGGGCCUUAGUCUUGAAUUGGGGUCGUUUGUGGCUGGGGUGAUGAUAUCAACUACUGACUUUGCACAGCAUACUUUGGACCAGGUAGAACCAAUUCGCAACCUUUUUGCUGCACUGUUCCUUUCUAGCAUUGGAAUGCUUAUACAUGUACAGUUCCUGUGGACCCAUGUGGACAUAUUGCUUGCUUCUGUUAUCCUGGUCAUAGUGGUAAAGACUACUGUUACUGCUAUGAUCACAAAAGCCUUUGGAUAUAGCAUUAGGACAUCAUUUGUGGUUGGAGUACUUCUUGCUCAAAUUGGAGAAUUUGCUUUCGUCCUAUUAAGUCGUGCCUCAAAUCUACACCUUGUUGAGGGCAAGAUGUAUCUUCUUCUUCUUGGGACAACGGCUUUCAGUCUGGUGACAACUCCUGUCUUGUUCAAAUUGAUACCUGCAGUUAUGCACUUGGGAGUCCUCAUGCACUGGUUUCCUUCAGAGAGUGGCGUGCAGAAUGAGGUGAUACCUAUCUCCCAUUGUUAAUGGCGAAUACAAAGUACAAACUGACGUAUGAUAAUAAAUUAGCAGGAAUCCUUGCAGCACAAAAAUACUUUGGAAAUUACUGAGAGCACAAAAUAUAUUACCGAAGGCCAUCUUCUUGUUAGUAACUCGUCUCAUGAUAUAUCCUCUUAAAGAAAUAACUGGCCUAAAACUUUAUAAAGGCACAGAUAAAACCUUUGAGAGAAAGCAGGAGCAUAGCAUUUAGAACAACAUUCCUACACCUACCAUGAAGUUUUGGAUAGUGGAAAGCGAUAAAUUUCAUUGGGGGCAAAAUAGUGAGUGUAUUUGAAAUUUACAAUAGGUUACAUUACCCAUCGAAAUUUUGUAGAAAUACAUGUCACCUCCUAUGCUCUCAGGAAUUACACUAAAUCCCAAAUCCUGUUACCAACUAACAUUUUGUCAUUUUACAAUAUUUCCGUCUUUGUCUUGGUCAAAAUUAGGCAAAAAAAGCCAAAAUUAGUCAAAUUAAAACGAAAAAAGGAAGGGAGUAGGGGCAUCAGUCCCCACCCCUCCAUCUCUCCCAAAUCCCACCCCUGCAGCCUGGACAAACCCCCACAACCCCCAAGAGAGAACGUCAAUUCUCUAACAAAUUAAGAUACAGAACUUUUUGAGGAUUACUAGGAACAGUAGAAGAUAGAAAUAGAAUAGCACUUGGUCUGUGUAGUCAAUUGCUUGUGAAGCUUAGGCUUGCUAAAGUAAGAAUAGUGAUCUGCAAUUUGUAUUGAGUCAUAACAAUUAUGUUACGAAAUGAUUAAUCAACUCUUCUUCAUUGUACAAAAUAUCUGCGGCUGCUUCUUUUAGGAUGUAGACUUCCGGGAAAGAGAGAGUGGUGAAUUGAAAUUUGGUUUGUUGACAAUUUGAAGAGCUAUGUUCUGAAAUCUAUCACAAUCACACAUCCUUAACAGUCCAGACACCAUCAUGACGAUUAUAAUUGCUCAUUUUGUUGUCAAACGAGAUCAACAAGUUCUUCCAUCUUAUGUUAAGUGAACUGGAGCAUUGCCCAAUAGCCACUGAAAAUAACUCAGGCAUCCAGCCAUUCCGGAGAAAGGGAAUAAGGGAUGACCUUUACCUUGCUUAACCCCAAGUUGUCCCAUCAAAAUAAUUCAAAUCGUAACAACUUUUUUCUAAAACCACACUUUUCAUGGCCUCUUAACAAUCCCUAAUUUUCCAGUAUGGAGCCACCUCCUUCACCCGACUUGCUUUUUACCAUGCCCAGGUGAGCAACCCGAUUUCUUUAUCAGCAAAAGACUAACUUUGUCCAGCAACCAUUCUGAGUGGGUGUACAAAACUAAGCGAAACUUGCUAAAUUUUCACUAAAAAUCUAAGAGUAAAUGUACGAGAUGGCGGACAUUGAUGGCUGUAAGUUGGAGCUAAGGUAUCGAUAACUGGUGCGGUCGCUCGACAGGGGUGACAUACCUAAUAUUUUAGAAGCACCUCAUAUUGGUUGUAUGGUUGUAACAUUUCCCUUCUCACCUUUUAUUCUCUGUUGAUAGCUAGAUAUGCUUGCACAAAUUACUUUGCUACAGCAGAUACGAAGAAAUUACUUCCUGUCGCCUGUUUUUUUUCUUUCUUAAUUCCGUUUCCGUUUGCUCCGCCAUUUGCAGGAGAAAGUUGCCAUGAUUGACUCAUAUAACAGACAGUUGUGACCUUAGAGCUGAUUGUGAUUGUGUUCUAUAGUAACGAAGACUCUAGUUAGAUGCCGGGGUAUUUUGGAAAUACCGACAACUUCAUCAUGGAAGCUUCAAAUUAUACGUCACGAUAGCUUGGAGUAAAGUGUACAUAUAUACAUAUUCUAUUACCUCAUAUUCUUUGGAAGUUUGUAAUAUAUACUCAUUUUUUGGACAUGGACAUGUAAUUCGAGAUCCAUACAAAUCAUACAGAGAGCAUUCCCAUGUAUUUGGCACUUUAACCUUUAGAUUGAGUUGGAAAAGGGAUUCUAAAGGCAUCUUAAUCUUUAUUUCGUGAGUUACAUUAUUAUUAUUAUUUUUGUUCUGUAAAAUAAGAUUGCUUGGGACUCAGUAGUUCAAGCUACU